GAGUCUGCGUGGAAAUACAGGCAGUCCCCGCGUCCCGGUUCCUGAGGCCUCUCUCUCUUUCCCCCGCAGCUGCCCCUGUCGUUGCUGAAGACGGCGCAGAACCACCCCAUGCUGGUGGAGCUGAAGAAUGGAGAGACGUACAACGGGCACCUGGUGAGCUGUGACAACUGGAUGAACAUCAACCUGCGGGAGGUCAUCUGCACCUCACGGGAUGGUGACAAGUUCUGGAGAAUGCCGGAGUGUUACAUUCGUGGCAGCACAAUUAAAUACCUUCGGAUCCCCGAUGAAAUAAUUGACAUGGUGAAAGAAGAGGUGGUCUCCAAGGGCAGAGGCCGUGGUGGGAUGCAGCAGCAGAAGCAACAGAAAGGCCGUGGUGUUGGAGGUGCUGGACGAGGUGUGUUUGGUGGCCGUGGCAGAGGAAUACCAGGCAGCGGAAGAGGCCAGCAGGAAAAAAAGCCAGGCAGGCAAUCGGCGAAGCAGUGAGGGCUGCGUGAGCCCCGGCCAGGGACAGUGCCACAAUGCUCCUCGUGUGAUCCAUCACCUCAGGAUUGCCAUGAGUUCAAAAGUGUUCAAUCUCUGCUCCUCCGUCAGUCCAUCCGUGCCCGAAUCAUGUUGUUUGGAAGCCCCUCGCUAUUUAAUCUGAUAAAGUGCAGUUCUUGGCUUCUUUCAGCCAGCCAGCCUGUAAUUGGAAAUGUUUAAAAAAGAACCACUCGCGGUUAAGGACCUGACUUCAGCACUAUUGAAUUUGUUGGGAUCUCUAGGUUUAAUUCACAAGAAUCUCCUGUACGCUGCGAGAUCUGAGGCAAACGCUUUCAGGCUCGGUUGUGCUGUUGGUUUGGUUUGCAUUUUGUUUUGUUUUUUAAUACUUGAAACAUUGGCAAUGUCUUGCGUUCGUAACCGGCGCAGCGUUUUGGUUUAAAAACACUGAACUUGAGGAUACGGUAUCUUUACAUGAGCGGUCGUAGGGGUUUGUUUGGUCGUGUUUGAACAAAACAAACUUUCAGGCUGUCUCCUUCCCCUCCGUUUUGGGCAGUCUGUCUGUCUCUGGCCUUGGCUUAAAGGAGAACCGGCACGGAUUUCGCUUUGGGCUUCAAGGGUUGUUUCCAAGAGAGCUUUGUGUCGAGUGAGGGUUUCCCAAUUAGUGUAUAUCUAAUUUGACUUCAGAUUAGAAAUUCCCUUGAAAGGAAAUGCUUUUCUGUGUUUUCUUCUGAAAGGCUGCAGCGCCCCUCGCUCCUCUGUUUGUUUUCAGGUUGUGUUUUCUUUUUUUUUUUUUCUUCCUGAAAGCAAUCGAGCUGUUCAAGUGCUCUGUUUCUUUUUCCCCGUGUUGAAUGCCCUCUCCCUUGUGCUGUGACACAAAGUCUGAUUCCUGAGUUACAGCAGCACUUCCCAAGCACGUUUCUUUGCGAUAUGCAGGGAUUGACUUCACUGCCAUUGUCUGUCGUUUCAUUUUUCUGGCAGCUGCUCAGACCUUUUCCCUCGGGGAGGGAGUGUUCCUCUCCUGCAGGUGAAGGAAGGUCCUUUGGAUCUUGAGCUCAGGCUGCUCUGAGUCUUCCAUCCCACGGGGUGCAGAGUUCCAUGAGCAAAACACACCCCCAAAAAAUCGUGGCUGAUCCAAAGUGAAAGUCUGUAUGGGGGCAUGGGGGGUGGGGGGGAGAAAGGGGCUCUGGGCCUUGCCCGAACUCUUGAGAAUGACUGAAACAGUUUAAUUUUGGGGUAAAAGCAGAUACUGUAACUCAUUCUUAAAAGGUUUGUCGGUUUUGUGUUGUUUGCUUGUUUGCUUCCCCCUCUUUCCCCCCCUCCCUCCCCCUCGAUUUCCAUCUUGAAACCUCCCUGCCAUCACUGCUGUCGGGAAGAGAAAACGAGACCAGAACGUGCUUUUAUAUACACUUAUUUUUUUAACGUUUAUAAAACUUGUGCAGAGCGGUGGGUAGGAAUAAAUCGCCAACCUGUU